AUGUCAUUUUUCCAGGAAGCCGACCCUGAUGUCUUAAAAGUUCGAGCGCAGUGUUACGAUGGGGCAUCAAACAUGUCGGGGAAAUAUCGAGGAGUUCAGGCUCUUGUUCGUGAAAGAUCACCGCAAGCUAACUACAUACACUGCAAAGCGCAUUGCCUGAAUCUCGCGUUGGUUCACAGCUCCAAUUUUCCUUGUGUUCGAACAAUGAUGUCAACUGUCCAGGACAUAAGUUUUCUGUUCGAUUACUCUGCGAAACGACUAGCAGCUUUCGUGGACGAGUUGUCUCGAGAUGUGACCACUAAAGAGGAAAUGGAGCAGCGAACGAAACUGCGUACUUUGUGCGAAACAAGGUGGUCGAGUCGCGCCGAUGCCCUGGCGACUUUCAGAAACGCAUUUCCAGUUGUAGUUCACUCGCUUGAAACACUAAAUGACGACGGAGAUAACAAAGCAGGGCAGUAUCUGGCAGGGAUACUUUGCUUUGAAUUCAUUAUAGCAUUGAUAGUGGCUGAACAUGUGCUUAGUUCCACAGUUGCAUUAACAAACCUAUUGCAAAAGGAAGAUAACGAUCUAUUGCAUGCAAUUGGCGAGGCUAAGGUCGUCAUUCAGCUAAUGAACAAUGAGCGAAACGACCCAGAAGUGUGGGGCGUUCUCUGUGAAAAAGCUACAAAUGUUGCCGCGGAAUUUGAUAUAAUCCCGUCGAGACCAAGAAGGGCCGGUAGGCAAAAUCACCGCGCUAACCCGGAUGUAGAUACAGUUUCCGACUAUUGGAGAAUAACACUGUUCAAUGCAUUCCUUGACCAUUUGAUACAGGAAAUGGAGACCCGCAUUUUAAGCAACGAAGACCGCUUCGUGGCACAGUAUCUUCUGCCAAACCGAUUGCCAGGUCUACAAGAUGAAAUGCUUCCGUCCAUAUAUGCCGCAUAUGCUCCAGAUCUCCAGCAUUCGUUUGAAGCUUUCGGUAACGAAGUUGCGAGGUGGAGAGUUCGGUGGAAUAUCUCGGAAAGUAGACCACCUCGGCUUCAAGAUACGCUCCGACAGACGAGCAAAGAUUUGUACCCGUGUAUUUAUGGCAUUCUCGGAGUACUGUUGACAAUGCCACCGACAUCAGCAUCAUGCGAACGAUCGUUUAGUGCUAUGAAGCGAAUCAAGAACUAUUUGCGGUCGACCAUGAGCACAGACAGGAUGUCAUCGUUGGCACUACUGCAUAUUCACAAGGACAUGGACGUCGACAUUAAUAAUGUUAUAAAUACAUUCGCUUCAAGGAAGUGCAGGAAGCUUAAAUUUUUCUGA